AUAGUCUUUCUCUAAUAUCAUCAAGCAGAAAAAUGGUGAAUGAAAAAUCAGCUUGGACAACGCGGCGUUACCCAGUAAACUCCAAAUAGUCUUGUCCUCCUCUUUCCUUAUUAGGACGCAGCAGAUCAAGCUUCAACAAAAAGGAGCACCUUACCAAACCUCUGAGGCUUCAGAUUUUUCUCUGGACAGUUUCUGAUGGGGGCUCUUUUGAGUUUGGCUGGUCCCAAGUCUGAGAGAAAUGAGUACCAUGAGAUCUCUCAGAAUGACACCUGCAAGAGGCAAAAAACGUCACCAUGCACUUUUGAGGAGAGCCAAAGACUAAUUCCCACUCUUCCUGAUGAGCUAUCGAUCCAAAUUAUUGCUAGACUCCCUAGAAUUUGCUACUUCAAUAUCAGGCUGGUUUCCCGGAAGUGGAAGGAAACUGUUACUAGCUCUGAACUAUUUAAAUUGAGAAAAGAACUUGGUAGAAGUGAAGAAUGGCUCUACUUGUUGACGAAAAUUGAAGAGGAUAAACUUUCCUGGCAUGCUUUAGAUCCCCUGUCAAGAAGGUGGCAGAGGCUACCUCAGAUGCCCAAUGUAGUUUAUGAAGAAGAAAUCAGCAAGAGUUCUUCUAGGUUUUCGAUGUGGAAUAUGGUGGGCCCAAGCAUCAAAAUUGCUCAUACUAUUAGAGGCUGGUUAGGGAGAAAGAACGCAUUUGAACAAAUGCCGUUUUGUGGUUGUGCCAUUGGUGUUGUUGAUGGAUGCCUUUAUGUUCUAGGUGGAUUUUAUAAAGCUACGACCGUGAGGUGCGUCUGGAGAUUUGAUCCAAUUCAGAAUGCAUGGAGUGAAGUGACAGCCAUGUCUGCAAGUAGAGCCUAUUGUAAGACAGGUAUUCUGAAUAACAAACUUUAUGUUGUUGGAGGGGUUACUCGGGAACGAGGCGGAUUGAUCCCUCUUCAGUCUGCUGAAGUUUUUGAGCCCUCCACCGGUACAUGGUCUGAAGUACCAAGCAUGCCAUUCUCAAGGGCUCGAGCGCUACCCACUGCCUUUUUGACUGACAUGCUAAGGCCCAUUGCCACCGGGUUGACUCCCUACAUGGGAAGGCUAUGUGUAUCCCAGAGUCUGUAUUCAUGGCCCUUUUUUGUUGAUGUCGGGGGAGAAAUCUAUGAUCCCGAAACAAAUUCUUGGGAUGAAAUGCCUCUUGGCAUGGGAGAUGGUUGGCCUGCUCGGCAGGCUGGUACAAAGUUGAGCGUUGUGGUAGAUGGUGAAUUGUAUGCUUUUGAUCCUUCGAGUUCUUUGGAUAGUGGUAAGAUCAAGGUGUACGAUCAAGGAGAAGAUGCUUGGAAAGUUGUUAUAGGAAAAGUCCCUAUUCAUGACUUUGCUGGUUCAGAUUCUCCAUAUUUACUUGCUGGUUUUCAUGGAAAACUUCAUGUCAUUACAAAAGAUGCGAAUCAUGAAAUCGCAGUUCUGCGUGCUGACCUGUGCUGUAAUUUGGGUUCUUUGUCACCAACCUUAGCUCCUCUCCUGGCUAGCUCCUCAGAUGAACACUCCGACGCACCGGCAGAAUCAGACGCAGUUGUGUGGAAGAUCAUUGGGACUCGGGAUUUUGGUUCAGGUGAAUUGGUUGGCUGUCAAGUUCUUGAUCUUUAGCACAAGGCUGAGAUUCCCUUCGUUGAAUCUAUACGGGCGAGCUGUAUGGCGUGCGAAGAUUGAGUUGAGUUGAUAAGUGGUGCACUUUGCAUACAUAAGCACAUGCUUUACAUUAAUAAGCAUAUAUCAGAAUAAUGUAUGUUGCCCGCGACAUUGAAUCUUCCUAACUUGGUGUCCAUUUGCUCGAUCAUGUAUUCCCGUGAAAAGGAAAAAGAAAAAGAUCAUGUAAAUUUGAUUGAAUAUAGUUGUACAACUUUAGAACAAUCCUAUCAAAAGUACUUACCAGAUAGUGUUACAACACAGUUGGGACUGCAUCUAUACAAAACACGUAUGCUCAUACGCGUUUUUAUUACAAGUACUUUUAUUAGAACUUCAUUGAAACUUUUAUUGAAAA